CGGUCUAUAAUGAUGACCUAUAAGAAUAAAAGUGUCAGACACCUAUAACUGUUUCUGAACACACCCUACCGGUUGAUGCAGUUAGCAUAAAAUGAGUAUAUGGAAUAUGCUUUCUUUCGCAGGGCAAGUUUGUGGAAUUUGCUUGCGACCAUCGUCCUGUAUAGGUAUUCACCUAUUUCGCCUGUCGAAAACUAAAAGAAUUUCAUUUGUCGCAAUUGCGCUCUUAUCUCUUCCGCUAAACGCUCCAUUAUCUUUUGUUUUUAAAGGACAUUAGGUGUUACCGCAAUGUCUAACUGUAUGGUCUGAUAGGAAUUCUCUCACGAGUGUUGUGGUUUUUUGCACCCGGUAUUUUAUGCUCCCCAAAUGACUACAAAGUAUAAAAAGAAAUGCUAGUUAACAACGAGCACAAUCCACUUCACAGUUCCUGUGAAGUGAGUGAGUUAUUUAAAAAUAGUUUAUUUCAUUUAAAAUUUCAAGAUGGCACAGUUGAAAAAGAGCUUCGAGUUGCUGUUUGAUCGGCCAAACGAGCCCAUGAUCACUCCAAAAGGCGAGGAGAAUGCUGUCUUUCAACUGACUGAACAGCUUUUGCCAAAAGAGUAUGAAAACAAUGGCAUCGAGUUAAACAACCGUUUCGGUGACGAUGCCAGCGAGAGAAUCCCUCUGCAGAAUCUGAGUAGUAUACCGCAGUUUCCUAUAGCGUCGCAACUACCUACUGACGCAGACUUCUCCUUAUUUCUGCCACGCCACCAGGAUAUGGCUGCCGAAGUCAUUGACGUUCUCAUGGGGGUUCCCACUGACCAGCUACAAGAAUUACUGUCAACUUGUGUAUAUGCAAGGUCCAAUCUCAACCCUCAGCUGUUUAACUACUGCUACUCUGUAGCCUUAAUGCACAGGAGAGACACCCGAGACAUUCAAAUCCCUAAUUUUGCCGAGACCUUCCCCUCAAAGUUUUUGGACUCUCAAGUAUUUGCCCAGGCCCGAGAAAGUGCUGCUGUAGUACCAUCUAACAUCCCGCGCACUCCUAUCAUUAUUCCCCGCGAUUACACAGCUACAGACUUGGAAAUUGAACAUCGUAUGGCAUAUUGGCGCGAAGAUAUCGGCGUCAAUCUACAUCACUGGCACUGGCAUCUCGUAUACCCAUUCGCCGCUGCUGAUAGAUCCAUUGUUGCAAAAGACAGACGUGGUGAACUGUUCUUCUAUAUGCAUCAGCAAAUAAUUGCUCGUUACAACGUGGAGCGUCUCUGUAACUCUCUCAAGAGAGUAAAGAAAUUCAGCAACUGGCGCGAACCAAUUCCUGAGGCCUAUUUCCCUAAGCUUGACAGCCUUACGUCUUCGCGCGGUUGGCCUCCACGUCAGUCCAAUAUGACCUGGCAGGACCUGAACCGUCCCGUCGACGGUCUGAAUGUCACCAUCGCUGACAUGGAAAGGUGGAGGAAAAAUCUCGAAGAGGCUAUCGCUACCGGUACAUGCAGAUUGCCUGACGGCAGCACCAUCCCAUUGAAUAUCGAUAUCCUAGGCAAUAUGUUGGAGGCCAGUAUCCUGUCGCCAAACCGCGACUUGUACGGCAGUGUGCACAACAACGGACACAGCUUCUCCGCAUACAUGCACGACCCGCAGCAUCGCUACCUCGAAUCAUUCGGUGUGAUAGCGGACGAGGCGACGACAAUGCGUGAUCCCUUCUUCUACCGGUGGCACGCGUGGAUUGACGACUUCUUCCAAAAGUACAAGGAAUCUGCCUCAGUCCGUCCUUAUACUGACUCUGAACUCGCCAACCCAGGCGUUCAAGUAACGUCGGUGUCCAUACAGACGCAGGGUGGGCAACCCAACGAGCUAACCACGUUCUGGAUGUCCAGCGAUGUGGACCUGUCGCGGGGACUGGACUUUUCCAACAGGGGACCAGUAUAUGCACGCUUCACACAUCUUAAUCAUAGACCCUUCCAAUAUGUAAUCAAUGUGAACAACACCGGCAACGCAAGACGCACCACUGUAAGAAUCUUCAUCUGUCCCAAGAACGACGAGAGGAACCUGCCUUGGGCGUUAUCAGAUCAGCGCAAGAUGUUCAUCGAGAUGGACAGAUUUGUGGUCCCACUGAACGCCGGCCAGAACAUGAUCACCCGCCAGUCGUCGGAGUCGACGUUCACGAUUCCGUUCGAGCAGACGUUCCGCGACCUGUCCAUCCAGGGCCAGGACCCGCGGCGCACGGACCUGGCCGCCUUCAACUUCUGCGGCUGCGGGUGGCCGCAGCACAUGCUCGUGCCCAAGGGCACCGAGCCCGGCAUGCCCUUCGUGCUCUUCGUCAUGCUCUCCAACUACGACCUCGACGCGAUUGAACAACCGGGAACCGGCGAAAUGACAUGCAAGGAAGCUUCCAGCUUCUGUGGUCUUCGUGAUCGUCUGUACCCAGACAAGCGCGCCAUGGGCUUCCCCUUCGAUCGGCCCUCGCGCACUGUCACCAAUAUCGAGAACUUCAUUCAACCCAACAUGGCAUUGCAAGAUAUCACCGUCCGCUUGCAGAAUGUCACAGAACCCAAUCCGAGGAACCCGCGUACCUAAAUUAAGACAAAAAUCACUCGCAACAUUAACUUUCUUAGUGUUAUUUUUACUCCUGAUAAUAUUUUGUUUCAUUUGAAUGGAUUUUGUUGCACGGAAUAAUGCAUUUUUAUAUUAGUAGGUAACUACGUCGACUUCCAAUUGUUGAAGUAGGCUAUGCACACUUCGAUUAACACCACGAAGUAUGCACAUGCACCUAUUAAUUUGUGCAUAUAUAUUUAAAUAUACCUAUUAGUUUAUUAUACAUCUUUUGUAUGUAACUAAGUAGCAUAAUAUAAAAAGAAAGGCUGAUAAAUUAAUCAUAAGAAUUAGAGAUACGUGUUGUACAUAUUUAAGAGUAAGUAAAUAAAUGACCCA